AAGAGAAAACAAAUGGAGAAGAAAAAAGGGAGUUAUUUACUCUCUUUCUGUCUGCGUUUAUUUUAUUUGCUGUUAACAAUCUGAGGCGGAUGUUUGGUCGUGAUUAAAAGUCAUUUAGAUUGCCUGACUUAGUCAUAUGAGAUCUUAUUGAAAAACACAAGUAGCUAAAAAGCGUCUUUUAAACAUGAUCAAACAAAGUAUCAAAUCGCAAUCUCUAUAAAUUCUUUUUGGAGUGUUUGCAAUCCAAGUUUCUAUCUCCCAUUCGAGAUAUGGAUCUGGGCUUAAGCUUAGGAGGUGCAUCGAAAGAUUCAAAAACAUUUGAAUUCUUGACAGAAAAUAGUAAUUCAGAGAAUCAGAGUACAGCAAUAAACCAGAAGGACGGCCAGGUUUUUUGCAUGGCCUUAGGUCUAAUCUCAACUGUUGGAAAUCAAGAGUCCCAUGAAAAUUACGAUCGAGAUGAUGACCAGAAGUUACAGGAAAGUGAUGGAAUUGAUGAUCAUCAAGAAAAGUUGAUGAAAACUUCUGUUCAGCUUGAUCUUCUCCCUCCUGCUCCUGUUCCUCGUCACACUGGAUCUCUUCUUCGAGUUGCUGAGAGUUCAGAGAUUGGUUCGUCGACGCACAUGAGUUUACUGCAGCCGGUGAGAGGCUUGAAUGCGAACCGGCCGGCGAUCGUGGCUGGUGGAGCAGCGGAGGAGGAGGUGUUGUCCGCAAAUGACAUCUUGGAGGCUGAACGAACAUCUUCCAGAGCCAGUGAUGAAGAUGAAAACAACCACAACUGUAGAAAGAAACUCAGACUAUCUAAAGAACAGUCCGCUUAUCUUGAAGAAAACUUUAAAGAACACGGCACUCUCAAUCUUGAGCAGAAACAAAAGCAUGCGCUUGCAGAGCAGCUUAAUCUUAGGCCUCGACAAGUUGAAGUCUGGUUUCAGAAUCGAAGAGCAAGGACCAAAUUGAAGCAAACAGAGGUGGAUUACAAAUAUUUGAAGAGAUUUUGUGGCAGUUUAAGGGAAGAAAACAGGCGGCUACACAAGGAGAUACUAGAAUUGAGAGCUCUUAAUUCUACAAAUCCAUUCUGCAUGCAACUCUCAGCCACCACCCUCACCAUGUGCCCCUCUUGUGAACGUGAAGCCACCACCUCCUCCGCCGCUCCGACCACCAUAACCACCGCCCCGGCCGUCAAUUCCCCCAUUGCCAAAACCAGCACCAUUGAAUCCACACAUAAAGUUAUCCCAUUUCCUUUACUUAGACCAGGUUUUUAUCCAUUCUCUUGCUCUCCAUCCCAUUCCAAUCAGUCUGCAUCCUCAUAAAUUGAAGAAAAUUUACAGUUUUUAAUAAGAAAUAUUCAGAUUUUGUCCAUAGUUGGACAAGUUAUACAUAAGCACUGAAAUAAUAUGUUUUUAUUUCUCCAAUAUCUUUGUUUCU